UUCACAGAGAAAAAUAACGAAAAAAGAAAUAGUAAUUACUUAAGGUUUUCCUGCGUUGCCUCUUUCCUUGCUCUUUGAAACCAGAAGCAGAGAACCAUCUUUGCAUAACAUUCUACGGCUUGUCCUCUUCCCACUAUAUCUCCGGUAUUCCUGUAUUUGCAUCGAGUUUGCAUUUUGAAAAAUCCCGGAUAAAUAGAAUGCUUCCUGUUACCAAAUUCAAGACUCAUCAGUCAUAUGAUGGCAGCAAGGGAAGUAAAUUUUUCCAUGGAAAGACAAAAAUGAUUUUGUGUGGUAUUCGUGUCUCGCUUUCAUGGCUGCCAGCGCCAGGUCGAGUGCUGGAACAACUGCGAAGUUCUUUGCAUAGCGACUUCCAUACUUUUGAAGGAGCAAAAUGCCAGCAGCGGAGAUUCUGUGGUCCAGUUGUAGCCAUGACCUUUAAUUUCACAGUGGCUGUUGGAAUAAUCAUGGCAAACAAAGUGGUGAUGGGCAAGGUUGGGUUCAAUUUCCCAGUUGCGCUGUCACUAAUCCACUAUGCGACUGCUUGGUGUCUGAUGGCCAUCUUCAAUGCUCUUUCACUGUUACCUGCCGCCCCUCCCUCUAAAUCCACACCUUACUCUUCUUUGUUCAUCUUGGGUGCUGUCAUAUCUCUGUCCACUGCUCUGGCUAACAUCAGCUUAAAACAUAACAGUGUGGGGUUCUAUCAGAUGGCUAAGAUAGCUGUGACUCCAACCAUUGUUUUAGCUGAGUUCAUGCUUUUCAGGAAAAAGGUUUCUUUCCGGAAGGUUAUCACACUAGCUCUUGUAUCACUAGGUGUGGCUGUUGCAACCGUCACUGAUCUAGAAUUCAAUUUUUUUGGUGCUUGCAUAGCAUUAGCCUGGAUUGUGCCUAGUUCUGUAAAUAAAAUUCUCUGGUCUAAUAUGCAGCAAAAGGGCAAAUGGACUGCUCUUGCGUUGAUGUGGAAGACUACCCCAAUUACAAUCUUCUUCUUCAUGGUUCUGAUGCCUUUGCUAGACCCACCGGGUAUUUUGUCGUUCACUUGGAAUUUAAACAACACGACUGCUAUCAUCAUAUCAGCCCUAUUUGGAUUUCUCCUUCAGUGGUCCGGGGCUUUGGCACUUGGUGCCACAUCUGCCCUCUCACAUGUGGUUCUGGGCCAGUUCAAAACAUGUGUAAUUAUGCUUGCUGGAUAUCUAUUUUUCAAUUCUGAUCCAGGAGCCAUUAGUCUAUGCGGCGCUGUCACUGCUCUCUGUGGAAUGUCUGUCUACACUUAUCUCAACCUGCAAGGCUCCAAGGAGUCAGGAAGAGCGAGCAAGCUGCAUCUUUCAAAGCAGAAUACAUUCGCCCCAAAACCCGAAACAGACUUCGACGGCACUACAAGCAAGCAGCCUCUUUUGAAACAGAGUUCUAUUUCUCUGAAACUCAAAACCAUCGCAGACAGCAAGACAACUGACGUGAGGAUGGCUGUGGAUUCUGUUUGAGAGAACAAACCUCUGCAUGCGCCGCGUGUGCCAAGUGGCUGUUUCACUAACAAUGUUAAAUUUUUGUCGCUCUGUUCUUUCCUUUUGCAAUUUUUUUUUUUUGAAUUUUAACUUAUUUACAGCAAUAAUCGGACUUUGGCAAUAACCAGAUUUACAGUAAUUGCCAAAUUUUUGUGUCUUUGCGCACGGAGAUCUAUGCAAAGAAACCUUCUUUGAAGUAAUGAAGUGGCCCAGCAUUGAGGAGCCUGUCUCAAUAUUGCAAGUAGAUGACAAGCCAAGUUGGAUCAACCCACUGGUCCACUAUCUCAAAGAUGGGAUGUUGCCAUCGGAUCAGAAGGAAUCUUAGAAGAUACGGCACUAUGCAUCUCAUUAUGUCCUCUAUGAAGAUAAGUUGUACAAAAAGUUAUUCUCUCUACUUCUCCUCAAGUGCUUACGUCUGUCCGAAGCUGACUAUACCUUAUGAGAAGUGCACAAAAGAAUAUACGAAAACCACUUAGGGACAAAUCCUUGGCCUAUAAGGUACUGUGGCAAAGGUAUUAUAGGCCUACUAUGUAGUAGGAUGUGACCGAUCUAGUUAGAAGGUGUGAUCGGUUCAACAAAAUGUCCA